AUGAGGCCUGCAAGUGAUUCGAGUGAAAAGAAGAAGCGUAAAGUGCUCUCGAUGACAACAAAGAGAGAAAUUAUUCAUAAAUAUGAGUGAGGUGUGAAACUUAGUGCUAUUCCACGUGAGAAUGGCCGAAAUCCUUUGACCAUAGGAAUAAUUCUAAAACAAAAAGAAGUCAUCAAAGCAGGUAAACCUUCAACGGGCACCACCAUCAUGUCCAAAAGGAGGAGCCACAUACACGAUGAGAUGGAAAGGUUUCUCCUUGUUUGGAUUAAAGACAAGGGAAAGGCUGGCGAUACACUCACCGAGACGAUCAUUUGCGAGAAGGCGUCCUCAAUUUAUAAUGAUUUAGUAAGCAAGGCACCUUCCAAUGAGCAGCCAAUGGCAUCGACGUCCUUGCAGGAGGCACCCCCAUCCUCCCCAGAGUUUAGGGCGUCGCAUGGGUGGUUUGAUCGGUUCAAGAAGAGGACUGGCAUCCACUCUGUUGUGCGUCACGGCGAGGCAGCAAGUUCCGAUCACAAGGCUGCCGAAGAAUUUGUUAGAAAAUUUGAGGAACUCAUAAACCAAGAAGGCUACACCCCCCCAGCAGGUACUAACUGUGAUGAGACCGGCCUCUUCUGGAAUAAAAUGCCGCAGCGUAUGCACAUCACCGCGGAGGAACAAAAGAUGCCAGGCCACAAGCCCAUGACAGACCGUCUUACCCUCGCCCUGUGUGCUAAUGCCAGUGGGGACUGUAAGGUCAAGCCACUCCUAGUGUACCACUCAGAAAACCCGCGUGCCUUCAAGAAACACAAAAUUUUAAAGGAGAGGCUUGAGGUUAUGUGGAGGUCCAACCCCAAGGCCUGGGUGACCCGACAGUUCUUUGUCGAAUGGGUCAACUUGGUCUUUGGCCCUGCUGUCAAGAAGUUCCUUGAGGAGAACGAUCUCCCCAUGAAGUGCCUGCUGAUCAUCGAUAACGCCCCCGCCCACCCCUCUGGCCUCGAGGACGACAUCCUGGAGGAGUUCUCGUUCAUUAAGGUUCUCUUCCUCCCUCCCUACACAACCCCUCUCCUCCAGCCCAUGGAUCAGCAAGUCAUCUCUAAUUUUAAGAAACUGUACACGAAACACAUGUUCAAACGGUGUUCCGACAUAACAGAGAGUACGCAGCUCACCCUCAGGGAGUUUUGGAAAAAUAAUUUCGACAUCGUUGCAUGA